GAUUGCAUUCAGACCGUUGCAGAAUAAUUAAUUAAAGUGAUUUUUAAUUCACUUCCACUCCGAUAUUGGAACAAAAUGAAGGAAAUUCUCUUGGUAUAUUUGUUGGGAUUCAGUUUAUCGGGAUGUUACGGAAGGGAACCCAUUGUACCUCCUCCUGGCGUCAUCCCAUUCAUGGUAUAUUUCCAUGCCAACCCACGGUCCAUAUGCGUCGGGGUCCUGGUGUCGCGCAUGGCGGUGCUGACUGCAUGCGUUUGCGUUAUUAACGUCGAUGGUGUUGUCGACACGCGACCCAUCAACGUAGUUCUCGGGACCCACUACCGGCACGAUAUGAGAGGGGUCAGGGUGCAAGUCACUAAAAUUGUAACACCACGCCUUCCUGAUCAAGAUAAAUUAGGUACAAGAGCAUACAUCAUGCAAAAAUCGGUAGCGCUACUACUGCUACAUAGGAAAGUGCCGGAUUUGUUGACGGAGGAGCCUCCGCGGGCCAUUGCCAUUGACUAUAAGGGAGAAGACGAGUUGCAGUUGCAGGACGAGUGCAUGAUGCUUGGUUGGCAUUUCUUCUAUACCGGGGAUACUAUAUAUCCAGGGCCAAAAUAUAUUUUACAAAGGAACCUGCGACUGCAGCAGUUGAACUUAGUAAACAAGGAGGUGUAUUGCGACACUCUAGUGCUGAAAUACGAGAAGGCCACGGACGAUCUAGGAAAUACUAAGGAGUUCAACAAACAUGACGUCUUGUGUUUGAGAGACACGGACUACACUGCCCAGCCCUGUCAUGCCAUGUUCGGGGCCCCGGUAAUCUGCGGCUCGGGGCGUGUGAUAGGGAUGCUGACGGCGCCCGACGCGCAAUGGACCAACUGCACUGGCUACAGCGUCCUCACACACAUCAUUAGCAACGUUAGGAACCGAAAAUUCUUCGAAUGUGUUUCUACGUUAUUCGAGCCAGAGGUGGUCGUGAACUGGGCCUUGAUAAAACAGAACAGGUUAUAUUUGGACGACGAGGCACAAGUCAUCAAGAGUAUGUACGACGGCUUCCUCACAGACUUCUAUACCUCCAGCGAAACCGAGUAUUAGGAGCGCAUACAGUGCAAGUUGCGGAAAGUUUACAAAAGUUUUCGAAAAUAUUAAGAAAUUUU